AUGCCGAAGCGGAUAAUCCUGGUCCGCCACGGCGAGUCUCAGGGGAACCUGGACACUGCGGCGUACACCCACAUACCGGACCACAAGAUCCCGCUCACCGAAGCGGGUCGGGCCCAGGCACGGGAGACGGGCGCCCAGCUGCGGGACCUGAUCUCCUCCGACUGUGGCAAUUCAACAAACACUUGGCGGGUGUACUUCUACGUCUCCCCGUACGACCGCACUCGAUCCACGCUGCGGGAGAUCGGCAAAGCCUUCGACAGGAAGCGGAUCAUUGGGGUUAGAGAAGAGUGUCGGGUUCGUGAACAGGAUUUCGGGAAUUUCCAGGUCGCGGAGAGGAUGAAGGUUAUCAAAGAGUCCAGGGAGAGGUUUGGGAGGUUCUUCUUCCGUUUCCCAGAAGGGGAAUCUGCUGCUGAUGUCUUCGAUCGCGUUUCCAAUUUUCUGGAGUCACUAUGGAGAGACAUAGACAUGAGCAGGCUACACAAGGACCCAUCCAACGACCUAAACCUCGUGAUCAUAACCCAUGGACUAACAUGUCGGGUAUUCCUCAUGAAGUGGUUCAAGUGGACGGUCGAGCAAUUCGAACUACUAAACAACCCUGAGAACUGCGAGUUCAGAGUAAUGCAGUUGGGAGCUGGGGGAGAGUACAGCCUGGCGAUCCACCACACGGACGAAGAGCUCCGAGAGUGGGGGCUCUCAGAGGCCAUGAUCGCCGACCAAAAGUGCCGUGCCACAGCUAGUAAGGCCGGUUGGAACGAGAACUGCCCCUGGUUCCUAGAUGAGUUCUUUGACCCUCCACAUGAAGAGUUGAGCAAGGAAAAUGAUGAAUGCUAUGAAAUUCCAGAUUGCAGUUCGAGCGAUCCGGAGAUCAAAGAAGAGAUGGAGAAGGAUAGAUUAGCUUUGCUAUCUGAAGAAAUUGUAUUGCAGAAGCUAGUAGCUAAUGAGUCACUGCAGAGAAGCAAAUCUCUACUCACAGAGAGUGGAAUUGUUUACACUCAUUACAAGAGGGAAGCAGAGAAAUGCAUUGCACAAGUGGAGACAUGUGAAGAUGCUAGAGAGCGAGCCGAGGCUGAACUAAGGGAAGAACUGAAGGUCACAGCUUUGUGGGAGCAACGAGCUCGAGAGUUCGGAUGGAGCGACAGUGGCAAGAAAAGAGUGCAGUGAUCAAAACUAAGAUGUUUGUUCGCAGAGUUACUCGUAGAUUGCAGUUCGAGCGAUCCGGAGAUCAAAGAAGAGAUGGAGAAGGAUAGAUUAGCCUUGCUAUCUGAAGAAAUUGUAUUGCAGAAGCUAGUAGCUAAUGAGUCACUGCAGCGAAGCAAAUCUCUACUCACAGAGAGUGGAAUUGUUUACACUCAUUACAAGAGGGAAGCAGAGAAAUGCAUUGCACAAGUGGAGACAUGUGAAGAUGCUAGAGAGCGAGCCGAGGCUGAACUAAGGGAAGAACUGAAGGUCACAGCUCUGUGGGAGCAACGAGCUCGAGAGUUCGGAUGGAGCGACAGUGGCAAGAAAAGAGUGCAGUGAUCAAAACUAAGAUGUUUGUUCGCAGAGUUACUCGUAGGUGAAAGAUUGAAUAGAAUUGUGUUUCACUGGGCAGGCUCCAUUGUAAAGGAUUUCGUAGAGACCAAUGGAUAGAUUCAAACUUUCUCACUUUUCCGCAUGAAGUGAUAGUGAAUACCCUUUUCGUUCUGUUUCUUUUUCAUAUGAAAGG